AUGGUCAUUAGCAUAUUGAAUUGGCUCUCCUUAAAGAACUUCAAGAAAUUUUCCAAUAACUUGACAUUUACUUGGGAAGUGGGUGCAGCUUUAGUGAUGCAUUCUUUUCUAGUAAUCAACAACUCUAUAAUUACGGUGGCCGGUAGCCUGCUCAGACUUGAAGGCGUGGUACCAUUUCCCGAUGAGCGAUGCUUGAUAAGCCAGGUCAAAUUGCGCCAGUCUAAUGUUAUAUCAACCAUGUGGCUGCUAGGAGGUGGAGCUGCUCGACCAGCUCAGCAGCGCCCGUGCCGAGGCCCUGCAAUCCUGUCAACGCCUGAUGGUGCUAUGCCCUCUGUGCAAGUUAUUACUCACAACUUUUCUACCACCCCACGGAAACGAGGACUUGCGGAAUGGGUAUGGACCCUGACCGGUCAAAAUCGACAAAAUCGUGAGAAGGUGGAUCCAGGAGGCGAACUGCAGAUCAUGCUGCCGGCUCAACCCGACAAACCAACAUCGGGAGAGGUGUGCUUGCUUGCCGAGAGCCCGUUCAGAAUCCUAAGGUUGAUGCUGGUUGACUGGGCGGCUAGGAACGCUUUCACUUGUUUAAUAUUGACAGUGGCACCUUCAAUUUUCGCCCUGUACCGAUCAAGAGUCAUAUUCCUGGGAGAGGCAUGUUCUUCUAUAGCAUUGGCCGUCACAACGAGAUCAGCAUAUUGA